CAACACGUAAAAAAGAAAAGAAAAGAAAAAAAAAAUUCUCUCGAGACUUCUCGUCCCUCUCUCCCCCCUCUCAUAUUGAUUUGCCUCUUUAACAGUCACACACACUCAAAUUAAAAUCUGAAGCAAAAAAAAGCACACAAGCAAUAAUAAUCUAACUCAACUUCGUUUCUAAAACAUAAAAACCCCAAAAGCUUUCUUUGUUUUUUCUUUUGUUUUCAAUUUCAUACAAUGUCAGGCUCCGGUGGUGUUUCAAUUGCUCGAAACCGUGGAGAGAAUCGGUUCUAUGUUUCACCCGGGAUCCGAAAACAACAACAAUUACAGCAACUGAAGCAGCAGCAGCAGCAGAAGCCAUCGAUCUCGAAGAAUUCAACAGUGGAGAUUGAGAAGAGGAAGGAAUCCGAUCAAUGCGGGUCAAAUUGUUCUGUCUCAGGCCGGGUUGGGCCCGAGAGUAACUCAACGAAUUUGGAUCGAUUCUUGGAGUAUACUACUCCAGUUGUACCUGCUCAGUUUCUGCCCAAGACAAGUGUUAGAGAAUGGAGAACAUGUGAAGUGCAGCAUCACCAGAACUUCUAUUUUGUGCUUGGGGAUUUAUGGGAAUCUUUUAAGGAGUGGAGUGCAUACGGGGCAGGUGUUCCUCUUCUUUUGAAUGGGAGCGAGACUGUUGUGCAGUAUUAUGUUCCCUAUUUGUCUGGCAUUCAACUAUAUUUAGAUCCGUCACAACCCUCCCUAAGGCUGAGAAGACCUGGAGAGGAGAGUGAUACGGAGUCAUCCAGGGACACGUGUAGUGAUGGUAGCAGUGACUAUGGAGCAGAGAGAGUAGCAAACAAUGGUGUUUGGCAGCCCUGGAACCAGCUUAAUGUUACAGAUGCAAAUAUUAAGAGUUUGAAUAGACUCUCUCUGAGAAAUAAACCCUUCAGGGGUUCAUCUAGUGAUGAAUGUGAGAUUUCCAAUCCACCAGGUCGGUGUGUUUUUGAAUACAUGGAGCAUGCUUCACCAUUUACACGUCAACCUUUGGCUGACCAGAUUUUGGUUCUUGCAUCUCAGUUUCCAGAACUCAAGACAUUUAGGAGCUGUGAUCUAUCACCCUCAAGUUGGAUUUCUGUGGCUUGGUAUCCCAUAUAUAGGAUACCCAUGGGUCCUACACUGCAGAACCUGGAUGCCUGCUUUCUAACCUAUCAUUCUCUGUCAACAUCCAUUCAAAGUCAAAGCAGUGAGAGGGUGCAACUUCACGGCUCUACUGUUAGGGAGCUUCACCGUUCUGACAUGUCCCUCAAGCUACCUUUGCCUACAUUUGGGCUUGCUUCCUAUAAGUUCAAAGUUUCAUUUUGGAAUCCCAGUGGAGUCUAUGAAUGCCCAAAGGCCAGUUCAUUGCUAAGAGCUGCUGAUAACUGGCUUAGGCUUUUGAAAGUUAAUCAUCCUGACUAUAGGUUCUUUGUUUCCCACAACACAAGCCCAAGGUGAAAAGGUUUCCUUUAUAAAUGAGUUAUUAAAGAGAACUGGCACCUUCAGUCCUGUAAGAGCCCCAUUUUCAGCGCAUACUAAAUAUCCUUCAUUAUUUUGAUGUUGUAUGGAGUGGUAUUUCUUCAGGAUUGUCAGACUAGUGUCAUGUCCUGGCUAUGCCAGCACAUCUUGACGAAGUCCAAGAAUGAUCCACUUUUUGCUUGUUCGCAACCUUUUGCAUGCGCUUGAAGGAGUUUUCCGAUAAUUAUCUUGGUGCUUGGGCUUUAACGUGAGGAGUUGCAGAUUAGGAGCCUAAUGAUCAUAAAUGGUGUUUUGAUCUUAUGGACAGUUUUCCAGGCCUGAAAGCUUUUGUUUUUGCUACUGUUUAAUGACGUUGUCCUAUAAAAACUACUGACUUUUGUAUAUGGUUGUUUCUGAGGUAGAAUGUUCAAUACACGUUUUGUAGGAGCAGUUUCUGAAAUAUGAUCUAACAUAUGCUGUGUUCCUUCAACCAA